AUGCGGCGCAGUCUGUUGGUGUUCCUCUUGGUGGCUGUCCUAGUGUUGACCCUCCUCCUACACUCGGUGUCGACCCUCCUCUCCCUGCUCAUAGAAGACGCGUCGCGGGACGCCAUCCACCGAUCAGAGCUGCCUGCUCCGAACUCCACGCUCCUUGAAAACCGGCCACACCUAAUCCCCAAGAUCAUUCACCAGACCUACAUCAACGAGUCCAUCCCUGCCCACUGGGUCCCCGCCCAGAAGUCAUGUAUAGACUUGCACCCGGACUACGAGUACAUACUGUGGACCGACGACAAGUCUCUCGAUUUCAUUGCGAAGGAGUAUCCGUGGUUCCUGUCGACGUUUGUCGGGUACAAACACAACAUUCAACGGGCAGAUGCGAUCCGGUACUUUGUGUUGGCACACUAUGGCGGCGUGUACAUCGACCUGGACGACGGCUGCCAAAGGAGGCUGGACCCGUUGUUGUCCUACACGGCGUUUGUGCGGAGGACAGUUCCCACGGGUAUCAGCAACGAUGUCAUGGGCUCGAUCCCGCAGCAUCCUUUCUUCUUGAGGGUGAUGGAGUCUCUCCAGGGUGCCAACAGGUCCUGGCUCCUGCCGUAUAUUACCAUCAUGGCCUCGACCGGGCCGUUGUUUCUGAGUGUGAUCUGGAAGAAGUGGAUGGGUGAACACGCUCAUCUCGAUCCCCAAACCUGGAUCGGCCGAGUCAGAGUGCUCAUGCCGGACGAGUACAGCAAAUAUUCGUGGUCGUUUUUCAAGACCUACAAAGGCUCCAGCUGGCACGGCAAGGAUGCACGGUUGAUAUUCUGGAUGGGCAAGAAUUGGGUCUUGCUGACCGUGCUGGGAUUUCUCCUCGUCAUGACCGUGGGCUUCUUGUCCUGGUUCAUUUACUCGAGGCUGCUAAUUUUGAGCGCGAGGCGGAGAACUGCUAGGGGCAGUCCCCGUGUGGUCGCGUUCAGAUUUCCCGGUGCUGCAAAGAUGCCGCUCUGGCGGAUGUGGGCCGGUGGGUUGGGAACGAAGAAGCAGACAUACGAGCUGGUCGCUCAGCAUGAUGCAUGA